UCCUGGCGCCGCAGUUUCAACCUUCUUGCAGCCUGAGACCCGAAGCUGACCCGCUGCUGCAUGUAAGCGCGAUCGAGACAAUCUCGUGACGGGGCGCUUGAAAGUUCACAGUGGGGCGGGAGCGAGAGAAGAGGACGCGGAAGUCAUCCACUCGUGAAUUCCGAGCCGAGCUGGUACUGCAGGUUCUCGUGUGAGCGUAAGGAGGUUCAGGCCGUUUUUUCCUGAGCUCUGGAGAAAAUAUCAGCCGUAUCAGCAGCAGCAGCAGCAGAGAAGAGAUCAUGAAACAAGAUACAGAGAUGGGAGAGGCGACGAACGGGUACAUAGGCACUCCUGGGACGGUUCCGGUGUCCCAUGCUGGAAAUGACUCCGGAAUGAGGAGGAUGAGAACCGCAAGCAUUUUGAUGCGGCUCACGGCUAUGGCACUUUGCGUCACCGCGCUCGUGACCAUGGUGACAGACAAACAGACACACUACUUCAAUUUUGCAUCCACGACGAUCGUCAAGACCGCCGAAUAUACCAACGUUUUGGCUCUUAAAGUGUUCGUGUACACAAAUGGUGUAAUUGCCGGGUACAGCCUUCUUCAGGCACUUUGGACCAUCGUCGCGAAGUCCAGCUAUUCUACAAGCAAAGCUCGACUGUGGACCACGUUCUUCUUGGAUCAGUUUAUCGUGUAUGUGUUGAUUGGAGUGACCGGAGCAGCCACGGAGGUAGCUUACAUUGCCGAGAAGGGUGAAUCAGACGUCGCGUGGCCGAAACAAUGCAACAACUUCGGUCGUUUCUGCAGCCAAGUCGGAGCUUCAGUGAUCGUAUGCUUCGUCGCAAUUUUGACCCUUGUCUUCCUCGCAGUUUUGUCGGCUAAGCAACUAUUUAUCCAUGAGCGUCCGAGCCGCACCACCAGAAAGGAUGGCUACUACACCAGCAACCAGUAACUGAGCUAGGGCCGUGGAUUCGCGCUCACGACCAUCACCAGCACAGUUACAUAAUCGCUGAUAAAAUUAGUAUUAUACUAGUACUGACAGAAGUUGUUCGCAUUUCCACUUUGUAAUUUACGUAUAGGUUCAAGGAGUUUCAGGUAGCAGGCUUCGCUUUGCUCUGUGAUCUUGCUACCUCAAUCUCCUGAGCCUGACCGACCAGCUCAUGUUCCGUAACAGGCUCGCUGACUUGGUCUCCGCUUGCAAGAAAGCGUCUGGAGAGCGCAUCGAUGAAUGACUAAGUCUCUCUAACAUUUCUGAGAGUUUGUAGCGUCUUAUUUUCGUCAUUUUGUUGUCUUCGUAUCCGUCUCCUGGAGUACUUUUACAUUCUACAUUUCUCGUCAACAAGCUAGCCACCUUGAACACGACCCUCAAGUUAUGGGACUUGUAAUAUCAUUUCGACAAUGAAAGUGAUUUCACUUCGAGUUUUC